AAUGAUUUAUUCAAGUAUUUUAUCCAAAUUAUUGUUAGUAUUUGUACUGAACUUGUUGUCAGUCUAUACUAACGUCCAAUCAUCGGACAGUUUUGAUUUUACCCGAAUAAUUGGUGAAAAAGCCGACAGAGAUUUCAGUCGAUUUAUGGUUCAUCUUAACACAAGACUACCUGCACGUAAUUUUACAGAUUUCUACUGUGGCGGUAGUCUAAUUAGUGACCAAUGGGUUUUGACUGCCGCUCAUUGUAUUUACGACAAAACAAAAUCACCACCUGGUACAGUUAUUGUCAGAUAUCAAUUGGGAGAUGAUCUAUUUGGUACAAAAUCUUUUUUAGAAACAACAAAUUAUUUUAUUCAUCGUGAUUAUAAUCCACUAAAUCUACAUAACGAUAUAGCUUUAAUAAAAUUAAAAAAUCCAGUUAAUUUAAAGAAUGGUCGAUUUGAAAAAAUAGGUUUAGUAAAAACCAAUUAUCUAUUUGAUGCUGACACGUGUAUAAGCCUUGGUUGGGGUUAUAAAGACAAAUACGGAAAUUUUCCCAAUGAAUUACAACAGGCCACAAACCAGAAGAUUUAUAAUAGUAACAUAUGUGAACAAUAUUGGUCUAGUCCAUUAAGUAUUUUUAGACCAUUCAAUAUAACUACUCAGAUAUGUGUCGGUAAUCCUAACCAACGUGUAUGUGGUGGCGAUAGUGGCGGACCAUUUAUUUGUAGAUUGAUAAUUGAUUCUAUAAAUAAUAUUAGAGGUGAUUUUGUGGCUGUGGGUGUUGUUUCCUAUGGUAUUGUUAACUAUGAUAUUCAUGGAUGUGAAUUGACACCAAUUCCCAGUGUCUAUAGUAAAGUUGCCAGUUUUACGCCUUGGAUUGAACGUACAAUGAAGGAAAAUUAUUCAAGUAUUUUAUCCCAAUUAUCGGUAGUAUUUCUACUGAAUUUGUUUGCAGUCUAUGCUAACGGUAUGGAUUUUACCCGAAUAAUUGGUGAAAAAGCUGACGAUGAUUUCAGUCGAUUUAUGGUUCAUCUAAACACUAGACUACCUGAUCAUAAUUUUACAGAUUACUAUUGUAGCGGUAUUAUAAUCAAUGAACAAUGGAUUUUGACGGCCGCUCAUUGUAUUUACGACAAAACAAAUUCACCGCCUGGUACAGUUAUUGUUAACGUUAAAUUAGGAGGACACCUAUUUGGUCAAACAGAUAAUUUAUUAACAACUACAAAUUAUUAUGUUCAUCCUGAUUAUGAUGCCGAACAUCUACAAAACGAUAUAGCAUUAAUAAGAUUAAAUGGACACAUUAAUUUAAGGGAUGGUCAGUUUGAUAAAAUAAUGUUAAAUUACAACGAUUAUCCAAUUGAUGGACGUUCGUGUGUGGCCAUUGGUUGGGGAUAUAUAGACAACAAUAACAAUUAUCCUAAAGAAUUACAACAGGCCAAUCAGAUGAUUUAUAAUGAUGACCAAUGCCAACAAUAUAUUGACAAUUUAGGACAGUUCAAUAGAAACAAUCAGUUAUGCGCCGGUAAUCCUAAUCAACGUAUCUGCGGUGGCGAUAGUGGCGGACCGCUUAUUUGCCCGACGGUAAUCGCAGAUAAUCAUCAUGGUCCUAUUGUGGUUACCGGUAUUACUUCAUCCUCACUAAUAGCAUGCAUAUUGACUGAAAUUCCCACUAGAUAUGUUAGAGUUUCCAGUUAUAUUCCCUGGAUUGAUGAUACAAUAGAUAGAAUAGAUUACCUAAUUAAUCAACAACAACAACAACAACAACAACAACAACAACAACAACAACAACUCUACUACUAAUACUAAUAAAUUUAAUAACAAUAUUAUUAUUAUAUUA